CAGGGGCGGCAGCUCAAAGAUCGAUCAGAAUCAGCGAUGCGCUCGCUGACUGCGUUGAGGUGUGCCAGGUCCUCCAUCGAGAAGGUCGGCAAUCGCAGGUCGUGCCAGUGAACCGUCAUUACGAUCACUGUCAGUUCCAAGUUGUCGUUCGGUGUAAACAGUAUUUUCACCCCGCUGGUCCUCAGGUUAAUCGUGCCCCUUUUGAUCGCAAUCAGCUGUAUAAUUUUUUCAUGAACGGUGUCCAUUGCGAUUCUGUGUAGGAGGCGUGCUGGUCCAUCGAGGUAAACUUGGAGGAGGCCCUUCACUCCCCCAGUGUGGACGAGGCUUGGGAGAUGCUUUGGGAGGCGGUUGAUAAGGCAACCAUCGAGGCGCUGGCUGAGACUGCGGUGCUCCCGCGCACUUCCAACGGGAUCGCCGGCGGUUGAGCGACCUCCAUACACAGCGGCGAGACUUACGAACUCGUCUUGGUGAUUCGCAUGCCGACGAGUGUGUCCGACUGAGUGCGCAGAUCCGUGUGUUGAGUAAGCGUCUUAAGCAGGCGAAGGAGGCGCAGCGUGCAGAGGCAGAUGCAGAGCUGUCCGAGCGUUUGUUCCACUUCUGCAGAACAGGGACAUGAAGAGGGUGUGGGAGCUCGCUCGCCUCCUCAGUCGGCGCGGAUUUGGGCGACAAGGUCGCGCUUUGUUCAAGGCGCGGGUGCACGCGGCCACAGACGCUGACUGGGAACAACACUUGUGCCACUCAGGAAAAGACGGCGGAUGUUUUGGGCUUGUCGCUGAUCUUCAGGGCUUUCGCCAACCUCCGCCUGGCCUCGGAUCGGCGUACCAUCCAGCGUGGGAUGAUUGGACGUGGGCCCAACAUGAGCUCGAGUGCUUCAAGCUGUGGGCCCAAAAGUUCAAGGUGAGUACAUCGUGGGUGUCGUGGUCGUGGCCGGAUGAGCUCAUUAGCGUGCUGUUCCGUCCAGGGUGGAAGCUACGAGACAAACACCGCCGAGGGCUUGGAGCUGAUGCUGAUGUUGACCGUGUUCCGUGGUUCACCCGUUCGUUUACCGCUGUGUUGGCGAAAGUACAUCAGUGCGGGCAAACACCGAUAGUGUGGCACCGCGGGGUGGGAGCGAGGCUUGACAUGGACAGCGGCAAACCAGGCGCCUUGGACGAGAGGCUGGAAGUCAUGCUGUGCGGGGUCGGCCGCACGUUCUAGCGGAGCUUGCUUGCUCAAGGCGACUUCGCAGUGGAAGCCCUUGUACGCCUACGGAGGGUUGCCGGGCCGUCGCCACGAGGAACCGAUGUUGAUACAGAGAGUUGCAGCGUGGCGUGCAGCGAAGCAGGGAUGGUUAGCUCCCUCUCGGUUCCAUGAUGGAACCAACGCUUUUUGGAGUAUUGGUCAACAUGUUGCCUCGAGUCGUUGACCUGUAUGGGCCCGAUGACGGCCGGGUUCUCUGCGCAGCGAGUGCAGCAUGCUCAUCUUCAGAUGUCGCGUGCGUCGAGUACUGGUGUGCGGGUGCGUCUUGGCGUUAUGCCAGGGGGCCAUGCCGGGCCCCGGUUUUUUGUCACAGGCCAUGCGAAUGGAGUGAAUGGAAUGCAUGUUGCGUUGCAUACGAGUAUUCCGACUACGUUUCACCAUGCUGGGCAAUCGUACGCCCUGUGGCUCACUAGUUUUAUCGAUGACAUUGGGAAUACCAUUCUGGCACAGAAGGUUCAGGAACUUCUGAAGUACGGUAAGGAAG